AUGUCAUGUCCUACUGGGAGCGACAAUCAGUUUGGGCCUCGGGUCUUCAGCCAGUGUCGGCCAUUUGACUUUACCCUCCUGUUCGAGGACGCUAUAUUUGGGAUCUUACCUGCGGCUUCGUUCCUGGUGUUGGCUGCUUUCCGAGCUCCGGUACUCUUCCGAGCUCCAGUCAAAGUGACGUCCCAUCGCCUGGCAACAUCGAAACUGAUCACCCUCGUACUAUUACUAGUCUUUCAUAUAGCGCAGCUCGCGUUUCAAGUCCAGGCCGCUCCGUUGCAUACGAAGGCGUCACUCGCAGCGAGCAUACUGCAACUCAUCGCUGUAGCGACUUCAGUGAUACUCUCAUGGCUAGAAGACCAACGCUCAGUAAGACCGUCCGAUUUAAUGGUCUUGUAUUUCUUUUUUGCCAGCAUCCUUGCACUCCCACGGGCACGAACAUUAUGGCUUCUAUCGCCGGUCACUCGCACCCAAGCCAUUCUAUGGACGUUAGUUACUGUCGGAACCUUCUUAGCCUUGGGCCUUGAGUCCAUUCAUAAGACCAAAACGGUCCGCUUGGUCUAUCGAGAGUCAAGUAAAGAGAGCACAUCCAGCUUCUGGGUUCGCAGCUUCUUCAUCUGGGUUAUUCCGCUUUUUCGGACUGGUUUCUCCUCCAUUCUCUCCGUUCACGACAUGCCCGACGUGGAUCGCUCACUACAGGGAGACUUCGCCGAGAGAAGAUUGCAAGCGGCAUGGGCCAAGAACACGAGAUCUCACAAGCACAAACUGCUUAAAGUGACGUUCCAGGCAUAUCUUUGGCCAUUCGUCAGCGCCAUACCACCACGACUGUGUCUUUCCGUCUUCAAAUUCUGUCAGCCUUUCCUGAUCUCAGCGACCUUGAAUUUUAUCAGUGUUCCCUCCACGCCGGAAAACAAGCUUCAUGGACCAGCGUUGGUCGGUGCAUACGUGUUGACUUAUAUGGGAAUGGCGAUAUCGACAGCGGUAUACUGGCGACAGGCCUUCCGAUUCAACUCUACGGUCCGAGCUGGUCUCAUCUCACUAGUUUACCGACAAACAACAAAACUGCACGCCAACGAGUUCAAGUCGAAGUCUGCCAUCACGUUGAUGGGAACUGACGUUGAACGCAUCGUGCAGAAAUUUCGAAGUCUUCAUGAGACAUGGGCUGGACCCGUGGAAGUGGCAGUCGGUGUAUUCCUUCUCGAACGGCAACUGGGCGUGGCAUGCCUUAUUCCAGCCGUCAUAUCCAUACUUGCCGUAAUUGCCACCAUCCCAGUCUCCAAAAAGUCCAAUAUCUCCCAGAAGCUCUGGAUCGAACGCGUACAAACACGCUUAGGCGUGACAUCCGGCAUGCUGAAUGAUAUGAAGGCAGUCAAAAUGCUAGGGCUCCGAGAGAAGCUAUUCAAAACGGUUUCCCUACUGCGACAAGUGGAACUGCGAGUGUCUGAACGAUUUCGAGUCCUUCUGAUCUGGGAAAUUGCAUUGUCGAAUAUGCCAAUGACAUUGGCACCAUUCGCCACGUUUGCAAUCUUUGCCAUUAUUCAAUCAGUUCGCGGAGGCGAAACUCUUCUGGCAGACCGAACGUUCACUUCGCUGUCUUUGAUUUCCCUGAUGACAGACCCACUUCUCACAUUUAUUCAAUCCCUCCCUGCACUUUACCAGUCUCUGUCCUGUUUUGAUCGCAUUGAGCAAUACUGUACUCAAGCACCGCUUGACUCCCCCGCGGAAAAUUCGUCGAUCGGGGAGGAUAUCGAGUUAACCUCGACUUCUCCAUCGUCCCCUAACUCUGUUCUCGAGUUCCACGAUGCCAGCUUCUCCUGGUCUCAGGAAGCCUCUCCAAUACUUUACGAUCUAAACCUUUUCAUCAAGAAAAGUAAUAUCACUGCAAUUAUAGGACCAGUUGGAAGUGGCAAGUCCACCCUCCUGGAGAGUGCAAUUGGAGAGACCUUCCGAAAAGACGGCUCUAUGUCUCCUUUCCAGUCCACGGUCGCCUAUUGCCCGCAAACGCCGUGGAUUAUCAACGACACCAUUCGUCAAAAUAUCACAGGCGCCGCUACGUUUGAUCCAAAAUGGUACAAUUUUGUCAUUUGGGCUUGUGCACUGGAAAAUGACUUGGAAAAUAUUCCGGGCGGAGACAUGUCCAGGGCCGGCAGCUCCGGCAUAACGCUUAGUGGUGGUCAAAAACAGCGAAUUUCUCUUGCUCGGGCCGUCUACUCUCGUGCAGCAACUUUGGUCCUAGAUGAUGUUUUCAGUGGUCUCGACAACAGGUCUGUCACUGCCAUUUCUUCUCGUCUCUUUGCGGCAGAUGGUCAUUUCAAAGAAUUUGGAAGAACGGUAAUCCUAGUGACUCAUAAUUAUCGCCUACUACCAUUUGCCGACGAGAUUGUCCUCUUGGACAGUGGAAGAAUCACCCGAACCGGGACUUACGAUCAGAUUCGUUCAAUUUUGCCAGAGGAAAAGACCAAUGAGGUCAACGAAGAUUCUCUCAAAGGUGACAGUGCAGUAAUUGGAAAUGCUACUCCAGUAAAAGCUAUUUUGAAGAUGGCCAGUUUUUCCGAGGAAGGCAUCACCGACCUAAACAUGACACGCAGAGAAGGAAAAUGGUCCGUGUACGGAUAUUACUUUCAAAACAGCGGAAGAACUCUUACUGCGCUGGUUAUUCUGGUAAUUUUUAUUACUGCAUUUGUCGAGCAGUUCGCAACGGUCUGGCUGCAGCAAUGGUCCAAUUACAACGAAAAUCAUCCAAACCAAAAUCUGGCGCUUUAUGUCAGUGUCUAUGCCGUCUUGUUUUUGAUCGGAGCUUUCUGCCUUCUUUUUGGGUGCUGGGCAGUCUUUGUCAGAAUCAUUAACAACACAGGCACUAGAAUGCAUGCGCACUUACUCCAGUCCACAUUGAAUGCACCCUUCAGCUUCUUUCAGAAGGUGGAUGCUGGCCUGACCACAAAUCGAUUCAGCCAAGAUUUGGAGCUCAUUGACAUGGACCUUCCGUUAGAUGCCAUAAACACGUCCAUGGCAUUUGCUAAUUGCGCUGUGGAACUUGUUAUACUUUGUGUUAUGGGCAAGUACCUGACAGUGACAGUGCCUAUUCUGGCAAUCGUUUUGUUUUUCGUUCAAAACUACUACCUCCGGACCUCGCGCCAGGUCCGACUACUGGACAUCGAAGCUAAAUCGCCACUUUUCACGCACUUUGUGGAAACCAUGCAAGGAAUCUCGGUCAUUCGAGCUAUGCGUUGGCAGGAACCCUUCCAGGAACGCUUACAAGAACUGCUCAACCAAUCACAGAAACCAUUUUAUAUGCUGUACUGCAUUCAGCAGUGGCUUCAGCUGGUUCUGGAUUGCAUUAUAAUGGCACUAGCUGUCAUUCUCGCGACGCUGGUCAUCUCACUAAAGGACCAAUUCAGUGCCGGCGCGAUCGGUGUUGCGUUGAAUUUGAUCCUGGGCUUCAACCAGGAUUUGAUGCACCUAAUCAGGUCAUGGACAUCUCUUGAGACCUCAAUUGGUGCGGUUUCCCGUAUUCAAGAUUUUGUCAAAAACACUCCACCUGAGGACAAGGGCCAGAAUUUGCAUGCUCCACCUCCGGCCCAGUGGCCCGCUCGUGGAGAGGUGGUUUUCAGAAAUGUUAAAGCAACAUACAGCCCGAGAUCUCCGCCCGUCCUGAACAACCUGUCCUUGAACAUUCGCCCUGGUGAGAAGGUCGCUAUCUGCGGUCCAUCUGGUAGUGGCAAGACGUCAUUUAUCCUCGGAUUACUGCAGAUGAUCGAAGUCCAGGAAGGCACGAUUACAGUGGAUGGCUUGGACUUAUCUACCCUCUCCUGCAGUGCAGUUCGGUCCCGCAUCAACGUGGUCCCCCAAGAGCCAUUCUUCAUGCCAGGAACCCUACGAUUCAACCUAGACCGGGAUCUAGAACAAAGGCCGGUCUCAGAUUCAUGUCUCAUUCAGGCCCUUGAGACAGUGGGUCUUUGGAAGAAGGUCUGCAGUAUUUCCUCCCGCGGUGGAGAACUUGACCAAGAAUUGAUGGUAUCGGACUGGUCCAUGGGUGAACGGCAGCUCCUCGCUCUAGCCCGAGCGUUGCUUACGAAGAGCUCAAUUCUUGUCCUGGACGAAGCUAUGAGCAGUGUGGAUUGGAACACGGAAGCCAUUAUGCAGGCCAUCGUCGAGCGGGAAUUUGCCUCGCAGACUGUGAUUUCUGUUAUACAUCGUCUCCAAUACAUUGAAAGGUUUGAUUGUGUUGCUUUGUUGAAGCAUGGGCGGCUGGUGGAAUUUGAUAGUCCGCAGGAGUUGCUUGCCCGGCCAUCUGAGUUCCGCUCGUUCUACCACGCGAAAAAGACAGAGUGA